AUGAGUAUUGUUUCGAAUGUCAAAGUAUGUAUUUGUGCUUUGUCGUGAUUGAAUCUGAUAUUUUACCGUGAUUUUAUGAAGAUUUUGUGUUCUUUUUCUAUCACUUACAAUUGUAAUUUAGGUUAUGGGCUGUACCCAAUCAAAGGAUUCGUUUUCGGAAAAGAACAAAUUGGAUUUGGACGAUCGACACACUUUUCGCAAUGUAAGUCGGCUUAUGAGAAGAGACGUUUUUGAAGUGUGGCGGCAUUUAAAAUUAGACGGUAGACUUUCUUCUAGCAUUUCUUUUAAAAAUUAUAUCUUUCCGCACAAAAUUAGUAGGAUGUGGCCAAGGGGACGUUUUUUUUUCAUCCAACUACUGAUCCUCAUUUUUAUCUUUUUUCGUCAGCAAAUGAUGAUCUAUAAUAAAUGUAGAAAUUUAACUGACUUGUAAAUUUCUUCUUUCAGAUAACCGACUUCAUCAAAAACGCCUCUCUAGAAAACGAUCUCUUUUAUCGCCGGAACCUGGCCGACAAUUGGCUGACUGAGAUGAAAUGCUGGCAAAUGGCGAAUCCGCAAUGGAUGACUGAGAGGCAUUAUCUUCUAAUUGAUCUACUGGAACGAGAGAAAGCGGAAAUUGAGGAGAUCAUAUACAAAAAGGAUGACAAUUAA